AUGAAGGUGAAAGUAAUUUCUCGGAAUCCCGAUGAUUACCUCCGAGAGACGAAAAACGAUAUAUUCAAAACUCCGAGGAAUUAUGAUCCGGCAUUGCAUCCUUUCCAACAGAGCAGAGAAUACGUCCGGGCUUUGAAUGCCGCCAAGUUGGAGCGAGUGUUUGCGAAGCCAUUCCUGGCUAGUCUCGAUGGUCAUUUGGACGGACUAAACUGUUUGUCCAAGCACCCUUCCCAUUUAUCUAUUCUUCUUUCUGGCUCUUUCGACGGUCAGGUGAAGUUGUGGAACGUGACACAGAAAAAAUGUCUAUCUACCAUAAACGCGCAUGCCGGUUUCGUCAGGGGCAUCUGCACAGAUCCUACCGGUGAAACCUUUUUUACCGUUGGCGAUGACAAGUGCGUGAAACAGUGGCCUUUGCAGGAAACCGUCGAGCCUGACGAACCGUUGUUGACGCUCUUGUCCAAGUAUCCGCUGCAGGACAUUACGCAUCACUGGAAAGACGCCGUGUUUGCCACAUGCGGCGAAGGAGUUAGCAUCUGGGAUCAGGAGCAUAGCUCGCCAAUACGCAGUUUCGUGUGGGGUGUGGAUACGAUUUACAAAGUCAGGUUCAACCCUGUCGAAUGCGUUAUGAAGCUGAAAAGCAAUGCCGUGGCGUGGAAUCCUGUCGAAGCUUUUACUUUUACCGUCGCUAACGAAGACUACAACCUAUACACUUUCGACAUGCGAAGGAUGAGCACCCCAGUCAAUGUGCAUAUGGAUCACACCGAAGCUGUGAUGGACGUUGACUAUUCCCCUACCGGUCAGGAGUUCGUUUCCGGUGGCUACGACAAAGUGGUUCGAAUAUUUCGAGCGAACGCGGGGAGAAGCAGGGAAGUCUACCACACGAAAAGAAUGCAGCGCGUUAGGUGUGUUUUGUGGUCUUCAGAUGAUCGGUACAUACUAAGUGGAUCUGACGAAAUGAACAUUCGACUUUGGAAAGCCAGAGCUUCAGAAAAACUUGGCCCGUUACACAUAAGGGAAAAGAGAGCGUUUGAAUAUGCCGAGAAGCUGAAGGAUAAAUACCGCUACCACCCUGAGGUGAAUCGCAUCUUAAGGCAUCGCCAAGUACCGAAGCAUGUGUACAACGCACGGAAUGAACUUCGCGCGAUUCACGAGUCCCACAGGAGAAAGGAAGCUAAUCUCAGACUCCAUUCCGCGCCUGGAACCGUUCCGUACAUAUCCGAGAGAGCCAAGCACGUUGUUGGUGAAGAACAAUAA